UGCGUUUAAGCCCCUGCUUCCGUUCCCGUCUUCUUCCUCCAUCGUCUCUAACUCAACGUUAGGGUUUUCAGAAUUGCAGCGUUCCUUCGAUUCUUUACUCACCCGCGUUCAUGCGUCGAACGAACUUCGACUAAUGCAUUUCCAGUAAACUAAUCUCGAAGAAGGUAGCGAUUCCCCCAACGUUUGGUUACCCUGACUCGCGGAAUCGACAGCUUCGUUCGACGCGUGGCAAUGGCUUACGUGGAUGAGGAUGUUUCUUCUGGCUCUGGUGAAGAUGUGAAUAUGUUGGACGGACAUAAGCGUCACCCUGUUGUUGUGCCGUCUGGUUCUGGUGGCCGGAAGCGAAGCCGGAAGGCCAACGGGGACGCCAUUGUGGAUGCCAUGCUGGAGAUAGCAGCUGCUUCAAAGAUGAGGGCCAAUGCAAUUUUGAAGAAUGAGGACAGGUUCUCAAUAAGCAAAUGCAUUAAGGUGUUAGAUGAGUUGCAAGGUGUUGAUGAACAGGUCUACUUUCUUGCUUUGGAUUUGUUUGAGAAUAAUUUAAGUGCCCGCGAAAUUUUCAUCUCUCUCAAGGGUGAAAAGAGAUUGCCAUGGUUGCAGUGCAAGUUUAGUGUUUCUUCUAGUUGAAAUUGUUUGUGAAAAUGCUGUACAGUCAAGUAGGUUGAAAAAUAAAUGUAUAGAUAUGAAAUUUUUGAAAGUUAAU